AUGAAUCCGAGGCUUCCCCAAGUGGCUCUUUCAAGUUCAUGGCUUCCAAUGAAGAAGGGUUGGGCACCAUUAAUGGUUGGGAAGGGGAUCGAAAAUCCUCAGGUGAUCGUAGACGGGCUCAGAACAAGGACCAUGUGCACGGCGUGGUGGGUCAACUUGAAGGUGAGGGAAGCUUGGGUUUUAAAGAUGGGGGUGCGUGAAUCUCAUCUGGUUCUCAUCCUAGGGAAGGGUCAAAUGCCAAAAUUGGUGAAGUGGACAAGAUGGUUUCUGAGGAAGGAGAUGAAGCUAAAUCCUCCUUUUGACGAUUGUCCCACAACCGUCCAUCAUCUCAUUAUGAAGAUCAUCAUUUGGAACAGUAGGGGCACAUUGAAGCUCAAUUUCCAGAGUCAUAUCCGUGAUUUGGUUCAGAACCAUGACCCUGCCAUUAUGGUAAUCAUGGAGACUAAGCUUAGUGGUGUUAAAGCUAAGGUGAUUACUAACAGGCUCCCGUUUGAUGGGGCCAUCCACACUAAAACGAUUGGGUACGCUGGUGGACUUUGGCUGCUGUGGAACUCAGACAGAGUGGAAGUUAAAGCUCUAGCCAACACGGAGCAGGAAAUUCAUGUUGAAGUCAAGGUACGCCCUUCUAACUUUACCUGGAUUUUAUUUACAAUCUAUGCUAGUCCUAGAUGUGAGGAGCGUCGCAUCUUAUGGGAAAAUCUAACUAAGGUGGCCGAUCUUCAUAACAUGCCAUGGAUCAUGGCUAGUGAUUUCAAUGAACCUUUGAUUGAGGAGGAUAAGUAUGGGGGCAGAGGUGUUCAUGUUAACUAUUCUCUAGCCUUCAAGGAUUGCCUGGAUUAUUGCAAUAUGGUUGAUAUGGGGUUCUCUGGGCUGAGAUACACAUGGACAAACAAAAGAGAGCUAAAUAAUCUUAUCCUUGAGAGGAUUGAUAGAUUUUUCAUGAGCCCGGAUUGGUGUCUGCUUUACCCUGAUGCAAGAGUUAUGCAGCUACCUAGAUGUCACUCGGAUCACUGUUCGGUUCUUAUGGAGACUCUCCCUAUCAGAAACAUCAACCUUACUAGACCUUUUAAGUUCCAGGAGUUUUGGCUCUUUGAUACCUCCUUUCCUAGUGUGGUGUCUCGGGCCUGGAGCAGGGGUAGAGAUUUGGCAGAGUGCAUCAAUACCUUCUCUAGGGAUGUGUCUGUGUGGAAUAAAACUCAUUUUGGAAAUGUCCACCACAAGAAAAGGAGAGUUAUUGCUAGAAUUUACGGGGUUCAGAAAGCUCGGGUUGUCCAACCGAACACCGAUCUUAUUAAUUUAGAGAAGCAACUCCAUCAGGAACUUGACCUUCUCCUUGAUCAAGAACGCGAUUUAUGGGCCCUAAAAUCCAGAAUUAAUUGGAUGAUUCAAGGAGAUCGUAAUAUAGCCUUCUAUCACGUGUCUACUAUUGCAAGAAGAAAGAGAAAUCACAUUGCAGUAGUCAUGGAUGAUUUGGGGAAUUGGUUAACAGAGGAAAGGGAGGUAAUGGAGUAUUUUAGAAGCGGGUUUGUGAAGCUGUACACCACCUCUCAUGAAAGUGGUCACCGGGUUCCAAAUUUAGGAAACCAGUGGCGUGCUCAGCUCACUGAUAAGGUGAAAUCAUCCCUUGGAGGGAGGAUUAGUAUUGAGGAGAUUAAGAGUGCUUUAUGGUCCAUGAAACCUUUUAAGGCUCCGGGCUUGGAUGGUUUGCAUGCGGGGUUUUUCUAG